AGGUUUCCCAAUUCCCACCCACAGACCGCCGCGUUGCCGCCCGAAUAUCCACGGAUCGAUGAAUCGAUCGACCCACCCCCUUCCUUUUCGCCGACGUUGACGAGCGCGGCCACGCGAGCGCCUCCUCACUUCCUCCUCCUCCUCCUCCUCGGCGCCCGGCGCCGCCCCUGCCCGCGCUUUCCUUUCCUUCCCGGCUAAUCAACCGGUGGUGCGGCGAGCGGAGGCGGGGUGGAUCGAUGGGGAGCAGCGGCAACGGCGGCGGCGGCGGAAAGCCGGCGCUGACGUCGUGGGAGUUCCACGCGACGGGGCCACGCAACCUCUCCAACCCCAGCUGGAGGGACCUCAUCCGCUCGAGCUGGACAGAUCCCAACUACAGAAGAAUUGCUGCUUCAUGCUUCGUGCAGGCUGCGUAUCUGCUGGAGCUAGACAGGCAGGAGAAGAGGACCGGUGAGAGCGCUCUUGCUCCAAACUGGUGGAAGCCAUUCAAGUACAAGCUGGUGCGUCCUCUGAUCGAUUCUAGAGAUGGGUCCAUAUAUGGAGUGCUCCUAGAAUGGGACCAGCUCGCCGCACUGUCAGACUUGAUAGUGUUGAGACCUAAUGGUGCCCCAAAGGUAGUUCUUGCCAUAAGAGGAACAGUGCUUAAGCAGUCGACUGUUGUUAGAGACCUGGAGGAUGACUUCCGGUACUUCACCCUGGAGAGCUUGAGGGGCUCCGUCAGGUUCACUGGCGCCCUCGAAGCGCUCAAGUCGGCAAUCGACAAGCAUGGCAGCAACAAUGUGUGCAUUGCUGGGCAUUCCCUGGGGGCAGGCUUUGCCCUGCAGGUUGGCAAGACCUUGGCCAAAGAUGGGAUCUUUGUAGAGUGCCAUUUGUUCAAUCCACCGUCAGUCUCUCUUGGCAUGGGCCUGAGGAAACUUCAGGAGAAAGCCGACAAGGUCUUGAAGCGAUACAUCAGUGGCAGCUCUUCAAAUGCCGGUGAACUUUCUCAGCCAAGAGAGGGAGGAGGAGCCACCUCUGAAAUUGGAGAAGAAAAGCUGAUCAAGGAGGUGAAGAGAUGGGUGCCGAACUUGUACAUCAACAGCUGUGACUACAUUUGCUGCUUUUAUGCUGAUCGUAGCGGUGUCGCCACGGUCACUACCGAGAAGCAUGAGGGUCAUUCUGGCACUCAUUCCAAGCUCUUUGUGAUCGCCAAAGGACCAAAAAAGUUCCUUGAAGCUCAUGGGUUGCAGCAAUGGUGGUCUGAUGAUUAUGAGCUCCAGUUGGCUGUGCAUGAUAGCAAGCUCAUGUAUAGGCACCUUAAAUCCCUGUAUGUGAAUGAAUCAUAGCAAACCCAAUGUCAUAUGUCAGUGCAUCGUGUUCUUAUCUAGUCAAAUCUUCUUCUGAAGGGUCAGGGUGCGUUUCCGGCAACUUUCUCAGCUCUGCAGUAUUCUGCUUUUACGCAUGGCAGUAAGGCUCAGGCAUCGUGUAUUGGUAGUAACUGUGAAUAUGAUUUUUUUUUCUUAAUUGCAAGAUAACACAAACAGCUAAU